GUUGGAACAGUCAGUAGUUAGGGCCAGCAGCUGGCCGGCCUGAUCAAUCAGUUCACUCUCGGCCACCCUACUCCGGCCACCCCCUAUACCGGCCACCCCACUCCGGCCACCCCCUAUACCGGCCACCCCCUGUGUGGUUACCCCUCCCCCUAUACCGGCCACCCCUGUGGUGAUCUGUGAAGGUCGUGAACCUGGGCACAGCGAGGGUUCUCCCAGAGGUCAGGGGUCACCAGCCUGUGUCCCACUGUGAGCACCACUACUGUACUGUGAGAGGUGGUGUACUGUGAGCACCACCACUGUACUGUGAGCACCACUACUGUGGUGUACUGUGAGAGGUGGUGUACUGUGAGCACCACUACUCUGGUGUACUGUGAGAGGUGGUGUACUGUGAGCACCGCCACUGUACUGUGAGCACCACUACUGUGUACUGUGAGCACCACUACUGUACUGUGAGCACCACUACUGUACUGUGAGCACCACCACUGUACUGUGAGCACCACUACUGUACUGUGAGCACCACUACUGUACUGUGAGCACCACUACUGUGGUGUACUGUGAGCACCACUACUGUGGUGUACUGUGAGCACCACUACUGUGGUGUACUGUGAGCACCACCACUGUACUGUGAGCACCACCACUGUGGUGUACUGUGAGCACCACUACCGUACAGUGAGCACCAUUACUGUACAGUGAGCACCACUACUGUACAGUGAGCACCACUACUGUACAGUGAGCACCAUCUCAGGGGGGAGCGCCACCAUCACCACCACUGUGAGCACCAACACUAUGUGGUGCAUGUGAUGAUGAGGGCGAGGUCAGGCAGCUGUGAGCCUACAUCCUCGUUGUCAUCAUCAGGACGCGUGUCGCUGGAAAAAGAAGAGGAUUGGUGUUCCAGGAGGAAGUGUUGGCUCUUCAGUGGUGGCUGGACAUAACUUGUGUUACUUCCUGCACCAGCUUGUACGCAUUGUGGUGAUGUGAUGUGGAGAAUGGUGCGGCGAUACCUGCCCCAUGCUGUGGUAGGGGCAUUUAUUUUGUUGCUUAUCUACCGUGCGCAGCGUCCCUGCCAAGACACACUACAGCGACCACACAGAAAGCACGUUGCAUCCGACAGUAGUGGGGCUCUGCAUAAUUAUGACCGAAAUGAACCAAUGAUCUUCAUUGGUGGAAUGCCACGAUCUGGAACUACACUUGCACGUGCCAUGCUUGAUGCUCAUCCCGAGAUACGGUGCGGAGAGGAGACUAGAGUGGUGCCUCGGAUACUUCAGAUGAGGCAGCAGUGGAAAAGAUCAGCCAAGGAAUCAUUGCGUUUACAAGAAGCUGGUGUCACAGAUGAAGUGUUAGAUGAAGCCAUAGCCUCAUUCAUCCUGGAUAUAGUGGUUAAUCAUGGACAGCCAGCAUCUCGCUUGUGUAACAAAGAUCCAUUCACUCUCAAGUCUGCUACAUACCUUUCUAAAUUGUUCCCCAAUGCAAAAUUUCUUUUUAUGGUGCGUGAUGGUCGUGCAACAGUGCAUUCCAUCAUAUCUCGAAAGGUGACAAUCACUGGCUUUGACCUGUCAUCAUAUAAACAGUGUCUGCAGAGAUGGAACAGUGCAGUGCAGACGAUGCAUACGCAGUGCGAGGAGCUUGGAGCUUCUAAAUGUCUGCCUGUAUACUACGAACAACUAGUUCUUCACCCCCAAGAGUGGAUGAGAAAGAUUUUAGAUUUCUUAACUGUUCCAUGGAACGAUGCUGUCCUUCAUCACGAAGAACAUAUAAAUAAACCUGGCGGAGUGUCUCUCUCAAAGGUUGAGCGAUCAAGUGAUCAGGUGAUUAAACCAGUAAAUUUGGAUGCUCUCGGCAAGUGGGUGGGACAAAUUCCUAAAGAUGUGGUUGAGGACAUGGCAAACAUUGCACCCAUGUUGGCAACUCUUGGAUAUGAUCCCUAUAGCAACCCCCCAAACUAUGGCCAAGCAGAUGCUCUGGUUACUAAUAACACAAAGCGGAUACAGAAGGAGUUCAGCAAGUGGGAGGAUCGUGCUGAAGCAGUGCGGAGCCUUUCUAAACACCGAAAAGGUGAAAACACAUGAUUACGAUCUUACAAGGAGCAACAUAUUUAAUUUCAUUCCUCUUUGUGGUCGUGUGUGAACAUAGUGUGUUGCCUUGCAACGUGUGUAUGGUGUUUACAACGGUGUCACCCUGCAGUGUGUGGAUGAUGAUCAAAGCAAUGUGUCAUGCAGUGUGUGUGUGUGGUGUUCAAAAUAGUUUUAUAGUUUUAGAUGCCUUUCUGCACUGGAUUUUAAAGAGAAUAGAAUUGAGAAUUGUAAAUUUGUUAUAUUAUGCUCCCCAUCAAUUUGUGAUGGUACAAAAAUAGUAUUAAAAUGUUUUCUUAUUAUCUGUAUGCAUUUAUUUAAAAAGUAAUUGAAUUUUAAAGUCAGUAAUCUAACAUAAUUGUAACUUGCUCUGUGGUGUCAAAAAUAUUACAAAUAAUGU